ACAUCGAUACUCGAUUCUACAUUCACAUUUCGCCUAAUCACAUUUACUUUUCAACUUGUCUGUCGCUCGAUAUUAAACGAGCAGAAAUCUAACAAGCAGAGCCAACAUGCCGGACGCAGUGCAGCAGAGUUUCGUGCGUAGCUUCAUUGACUACCUGAAGAAGCAGGUGGACGUGAUGUCGCCGGACCAGAGCGAAAGCAUCGAGGUGGCGAUCCAGUGCCUGCAGGCGGCCUUUGACUUGGGCGAUGAUGUGGAGGCGGCGCCGGAUGCGGCUGCCCAGGAGCAGGCCACCACACAGAGCAGCAGCAGUGCGAGCGCACCUGACGAUGAUGCGGUGGCCAGCGGAAGCGCCGGCGCCGUCGCCGCCGUUCCCAAUAACAUUGACAUGUUCGAGCUCUUCCAGUCGCUGUAUACCGAACGCAAUCCGGAAUCCCUGGCCUUGGCCGAAUCCAUCAAGAACGAGGGCAACCGGCUGAUGAAGGAGAACAAGUACAAUGAGGCACUGCUGCAGUACAAUCGGGCCAUCGCCUUCGAUCCCAAGAAUCCGAUCUUCUACUGCAACCGGGCUGCGGCCCACAUUCGGCUGGGUGAGAACGAACGCGCCGUAACCGAUUGCAAGUCCGCCCUGGUGUACAACAACAACUACAGCAAGGCGUACUGCCGCCUGGGCGUGGCGUACUCCAACAUGGGCAAUUUCGAGAAGGCGGAACAGGCCUACGCCAAGGCCAUCGAACUGGAACCGGACAACGAGGUGUACAAGAGCAACCUGGAAGCGGCCAGAAACGCCAGGAACCAGCCGCCCCAAAUGUCGCGAUUAAGGGAUGACCUAACCACCAUGCUGUCCCAGCCAAUGGUUAGGAAUUUGUUCAACAACGCCGAGAUCGACGUGGAGCAGCUGCAGUCGAUGAUUCAGAAUCCAAUGGUCAUGAACACCAUUGGCCAGCAGUUCGCCGGCGGCAAUGUGCCGAACCUGCCCAACGACAUGGUGCAGAUGGUCCACAACAUUGCCAGCCAUUUGGCGGGCAUGGUUCCCAAUCCGAACGCCAAUCCCGGCAAUGAACAGCAGCCGGGUAAUCAGCCUCCACCGAGCACCUAGAAGUGGGUGGGGCAGCCCCGAUCCCGGCCUGGAUCGGCGGCACACCGAUUAAGUUUUUAAGCUGAAACUAUAAAUGUAUUUAUAAUGUUUAAAUGGCUUCUAUUACGCAUAUAUACAUACAUACACAUAAAUUUUUAUCAAUGGAAAUAAAUAAAUGACCGUGCAAA